UAUAACGAAGGGAACUGGUGAAGGAAGUAAGAGCCAGCACAAAACAAAUGAUGGGAAACCAGUGGCUCAGGUCUGACAACACCUGUAUAUCCAACUCCAAGUACACUAUUUGUCUUGCAUCCAAGACUCCCCCUUCAAACCUUCUGCCAAAUGGGUUUUAGGCUGAACCUUAAAUGGGGUUUCUCUUUCUCCUCCAACUCAUCAUCAUCAUGGCCUUCUUCACAUUCUUUCAAAGGAAGGGAGGCUUUAUUCGAUCCAGCUAGGUCUCUCAAGCCUUUUAUCAACGGGGACUGUGAACCUUCACAUAGUGAUCCUUUCAGAGUACGGACUUGCUUAUCUGAUCCCCAGCUUUGGACUAGUGAUACAUCAGUAACUACAGAAAUAAAGAUGCGAAUCGGCAGAGGGUCCCCUAGCAAUAUAUAUGGAGAUAUUGGCAAUCAUAAGAUUGGGAUAUUGCCUGACGAGGAGAAACCAACAUAUUUUAACUCAACCAAAUCUCUUCAUUUUAGUUUACUGAUGAAAAAUCUUGAUCUGCUGGAAAACAUGUUUGCUGAUUCAGAGAUGUCAAGAUUAGAAAAAGAUAUUCUGGUGCAACUAGAAAAGCUUGGAGCUUUAGAAUUCUUUCAUACUUGUCUCUCAAGGACACAUCAUUCUUCUACUUUUCCUAAAGUGCUUGAGCCAAGGGAGCUUAUUGAAGAAAUUGAAAAAGACGACCUUGUUGGAAAUGGGGAUAAGGAUGUCGUACGUUCUAGGAAAAAGCAAGAACGGAAGUCAAGAAGAAAUAGAGCAUCCAGAAAUGCCAAUGACAUUAUUACAGUGCAGACACAUACCAAAAAUAUCCAGGAGGAUUUGCAACAGCCGAAGUUUUAUUCUGGGAAAAGAACACAUGCUGCCUCUAGAAAUAAAAGACAGAAAAUUGCUAAGAAUGAGGCAGAAAUGUCAAGAGGUGUUAAGUUGGUGGCAGAAUUAGAAAGAAUCAGGUCAAUCCUUGAAGAAGAAACUGGUCGAGUAGCUACUUUCAGUAGUUGGGCAGAAGCUGCUGGGAUUGAACAGAAGGAGUUGCAGCAGCGCUUGCAUUUUGGUUGGUAUUGCAGGGAUGAGCUUCUGAAAAGUACACGCUCCUUAGUCUUAUAUCUGGCAAGAAACUACCGGGGGCUUGGUGUGGCAUUUGAAGACUUAAUUCAGGCUGGAAACAUGGGUGUUCUACAAGGUGCUGUAAGAUUUGACCACACUAGGGGAUACAAAUUCUCAACUUACGUUCAGUACUGGAUAAGAAAAUCAUUGUCAAAAUUGGUGGCACAGCAUGCUAGAGGGGUUCGAAUUCCCUUCACUAUAUGCAAAGUAAUAAAUCAAAUACAUAAAGCUCGAAAAACUCUCAGUAGGAGCCAUGGAAAAUUUCCGGAUGAUAAUGAAAUUGCCAAGUUCACGGGUCUAUCCACAGCUAGGAUUGCAAUGGCUAGUAAAUGCCUGAGAGUUGUUGGUUCAAUUGAUCAGAAAGUUGGACAUUGCAUCAGUGCAAAAGUUUUGGAACUCACAGCAGAUAAAACAAUUACAAGCCCAGAGGAAACUGUCAUGAGGGAAGACAUAAUAGACAACAUGUAUGCUCUUUUGGAAAGCUUAGAUCCAAAAGAGCAGCAAGUAAUAUAUUUUAGGUUUGGUCUUGAAACUCAUCAACGCAAGUCACUCGAGGAGAUUGGGCGGCUUUAUGGAGUUAGUAAAGAGUGGAUUAGGAGAAUAGAACGAAGAGCUCUCACAAAAUUGAGAAGCGCGGAUUGUUUCCAACAUUUAACUCAUUACUCUAUGUAGUUCUAGACAUUGCAUAAACAUUUGUGUUUACCAGCUCGUAAACUUGAUCUCCAAGUAAUUUUUUUUUUUGCAUACUUCUUUUGUAUAGACUAGUCAUAUACCAUUGAAACAGUGUAUUGUUUUGCAUCUUGUAAAGUUUAAAGACGUGUGAUGAAUAAAAUUACUCCUAGUAUGAAUUUGAUCCAUAAAUUAGAUACUCAUGAUGACAUUCCACUGUC